AUGCCGUCCAGAGAAGAUGUUCACUACUUUGGUGCUGGUCCGGCGCCACUGCCCACUCCGGUGCUCGAGGAAGCAUCCAAGGUGAUUCUCAACUACAAUGACUCGGGCAUGGGCAUCGCCGAAAUCUCGCAUCGCAGUGCAGAUGCCAAUGCCAUUCUUGCCAACGCUCAAUCGGGUCUUCGCCAACUGCUCGACAUUCCCGAGUCCGAUGGUCCCGACGGCUACCAAAUCCUCUUCCUCCACGGUGGCGGCAGCGGCGAGUUCAGUGCCGUCGUCUACAAUCUCGUCAGCGUCUGGGUCGCCAAGCAGCUCAAAGCCCUCGGCGGCGAUGAGCAAAAGCUGGCCGACGUGGUGCGAAAAGACCUCAAGUUGGACUAUCUUGUCACGGGAUCUUGGUCUCUCAAAGCCUCCCAAGAAGCGGCCCGUCUGGUCGGCAGCGAGCAUGUCAACAUCGUCGCCGACUCACGCAAGCACCGCGAUGGCAAGUUCGGCCUGAUCCCAGAUCAAUCCACAUGGACUCCAACAUCAUCAGACGCACCUCCCGCCUUCACUUACUACUGUGACAAUGAAACCGUCGACGGAGUGGAAUUCCCCUCCACACCUACGGGCCACAACCUCAUCGCAGACAUGUCCUCCAACUUCCUCUCCCGUGCAGUGGAUGUCAAGAAGCAUGCCGUCAUCUUUGGCGGAGCUCAGAAGAACAUUGGAACCACCGGCAUCACCAUUGCCAUCAUCUCCAACGCACUCCUUCCCCCAAAUGCUGAAUACGCGGAUCCCAAAGUCAUGCGUAAGCUGGGCUUACCCACAGGACCCAUCGUYCUGGACUGGCCGACCAUUGCAAAGAACAACAGUMUUUACAACACGCUCCCCAUCUUCGACGUUUGGAUUGCAGGAAAGGUCAUGGAUCGCCUGCUCGCAAUGCACCCUCAUGCAUCUGGAGCCAGGAUCCUUGGACAGCAGACCGAGAGCGAGAAGAAGGCACAUAUGCUCUACUCUGCCCUGGACAACAACAGCACCGUCUACUCUGUCGUGCCAGACAAGAGUGCUCGUAGCCGAAUGAACAUCUGCUUUAGAGUCAAGGGAGGCGAUGCCGAUGCCGAAAAGGACUUCUUGAAGCGUGCCGAAGCCAAGGGUCUACUGGGUUUGAAGGGCCACCGAAGUGUUGGCGGCAUCAGAAUCAGCAACUACAACGCUGUGACUGUUCCUGCGACGGAGAAAUUGGCGGCAUAUCUGCAGGAGUUUGCCAAAUAG